AUGGACAUGUCACAUGGAUCUAGUAGUGGGCCUACCACCGCUGCAUCGUGUCAGGUAAGUUACUCUUGGCACUUGGUUUUGGACUGCCACCACCAACGACUUUUUCUCACCGCGCUUCUUUGGAUGCGUCUUCGAUCCCCGGCGUUUCACUGACUACCUCGAUUCUGUAUUGGCCUCGUCAGAUGAGCAUGCUCUGGAACUGGUACACCAUCGAUUUCUGCUUCCUCUCCGAACAAGCGCACAUUCGUUCGGUCGGAGCUUUCGUCGGGGCCAUUGUCGGCGUCGUCGUCAGCGUCAUUGCCCUCGAGGCCUUACGUCGUCUAAGCCGCGAUUAUGAUCGUCAAAUCAAGCGUUCGUUCCACGCGAGUUUGGCGCAGAUCCAGUCGGAUUCGAGUAUCAAGGAUGAGCUGCCUGCGGUGCCUUUGUUCCGGUCAGUUUUUUCCCGAGUAAAGCUUUAGCGAUUCACAAAAGUAAUCAGGGAAGUGGUUCCGAACAGACCUACUUUCUCACAACACUUGGUUCGAUCGAUUUUCUACGCGAUUCAGUUUGGCACCGCUUGUAGGUGCUGGCGUCGGUUGGACGCCCGUCCUGGGAACUGUGAACUGACCACUCGUCUCGACAUCUUCUCUCCGGCUGUUCGACCGAUCAGACAUUCUCAGUAAGUCUUAGCUACCCCACUCACUGAAGACAAUGGGUCUGACACUAUAAAUGGUUUUCUCAUUACACAGUGCUCUUGGGAAUGACUUACAACGGCUACAUCCUCUUCGCCAUCUUCUUUGGAGGUUUUGUCGGCUACUUGCUCUGCGCCGUGAGUCGGCGAGAUCGAUCUUCCUCAUUUAACAUCUUCAUACUGACAGUCGUGGUAAAUUCGCUCAAAUAGCGUGACACUGCGACCGACCAUGGUGACGAUUCUCCCGCCGGUCGUGGUGAAUGCUGUGCCUGA